CCGUGCGCGCUCUCUGUCUUUGGUCUCUGUCCCCCCACCCCCCCCUUUCCCCGGUCUGGGUCUCUCCUUCGGAAAGAUGUCGGACACGGCAGUAGCUGACACUCGGCGCCUUAACUCGAAGCCGCAGGACCUGACCGACGCUUACGGGCCUCCGAGUAACUUCCUGGAGAUCGACAUCUUUAAUCCACAGACGGUGGGCGUGGGCCGCGCGCGCUUCACCACCUAUGAGGUUCGCAUGCGGACAAACCUACCUAUCUUCAAACUAAAGGAGUCCUGUGUACGACGGCGCUACAGUGACUUUGAGUGGCUAAAAAAUGAGCUGGAGCGAGAUAGUAAGAUUGUAGUACCACCACUCCCUGGGAAAGCCUUGAAGCGGCAGCUCCCUUUCCGAGGAGACGAAGGGAUCUUUGAGGAGUCCUUUAUUGAAGAAAGGAGGCAGGGCCUGGAACAGUUUAUUAACAAAAUUGCUGGGCACCCACUGGCUCAGAACGAACGCUGCCUACACAUGUUCCUGCAGGAGGAGGCAAUUGACAGGAACUACGUCCCUGGGAAGGUGCGCCAGUAGGAGCCCCUCUCACCACUUGCCCUCUACUUUCCUGCUGAAAUGACAUUGGUUUUUACACUAAGCCUCUCUCUCUCUCUGAUCUGAAGUUGUCUGUCCAUCCCCUGGCCUGAUAGACUGUCUGGCAUUGUGUUCCUUGGUACCUGACUAUACCAUGGGCACUCUACUAGGAUCCUCUUCUCUGAGGACAGGUGGGAAACCACAGGCAGA